UUUAUCCAUGUCUCUGACGUAAACUUUGAAGUUUGACGUAUGACGUAACUAAAUAACCCGCUGGAACUGGAAAAUAACCUUCAAAAGUUCAAAACGAUCUUAUUAUUUCCAAGGUUGCUCAGGUUACUCUAACUGUGUGGUGUACUAUAAAUAAUUACAUUGGCAGACUUCCCUGAAUCUGGCAUUCCGUGAACAGAAAUUAUAAAAUAAUAUUAAAUUUUAGAAAAGAAUAUUUCGUAAAGGUACAUUCACUUACUUCUUUAUCUGUCACUUUUGUAAAUAAAACAAUAUUACACGAUUUUUAUCACUUAUGCACUUGUUUGUGAAUGGCGUCAGAUAUAAUAACAUUGCUAAAACUGGACAAAAGUUUGUCAAGUAGAGUGGUUGUAGUAAAAGAAAUCAACAAAUGUGACAGUUCAUUCAUCACCAGUUGUUUGAUAAACUAUUGCAUCAAGAACAAGACUGCUGUUGUUAUAGUGUCAACUCACAACUCCCUGCAGCACUAUCAAAAUGUGGGCCUCAAAAUGAAUUACAACUUGCAAAGAUAUGUGGACACAGGACUAAUAAAUUAUUUUAACUUUGGUGAAUACUGCAUAAACAGUUUGCUAAAUGACAAUAAACUGCCUGAAAUUUUUGUGAAAGUGAAAGAAAUAGUAUUGUUAAUGCGACAAAAGUAUGAAACAGUUAAUGUAAUAGUGGACGGUGUUUCACAUUUUUUUGACUUAGAUUAUACACUAAAAGAAGUAAAUAUGUUUUUCAAAGAAUUAAUUCCAUUUGUAACUAGUUAUAAUAACUCUUUUGUCGUGUGUCAUUGUAAUGAAGCGAAUGAGGAUGAUGUUACAUGUGUUAUGUCUAAUCUCUUGAUGCACAAAGCUUACACCGUGUUGGAGGUUGAGAGCCUAACUUCAGGCUGGAGCGCUGAUGUAUCAGGCCACCUGACUGCUAAGUAUCCAGGACUGAAGUAUGACAAUGAACAUUUAUAUGUCAUGGACAUAAAACCUUCCCGAUAUCUUUUCAAACUAUUUGAUAGAGGUGUUAAAUUGUUUGCACCUGGCACUGUGUAAGCUUCAUAAUUAUUAUAAUAUUAUAUUGCCAAACAUAAUAUUUUGUUAUUAUUCUUCUAUUUGUAAAUUAUAAAAUACCUAUAUUAAAAUUAGUAUAUUGUGUUAUAA